GAAUCGCUCUCUUCGGGGGGUGCUCUUCGUUUUAUAUCUUAUCGACCAUGGUGAAAAAUCUCUGUGUUUGCUGACACAGAUGCAUACUUGCCAGUAUACUUUUAACUGAACAACAACAAAAAAAAUUUUUUGGUGGGGGCAUGGUGUGUGACUUUUUGUGAAUGAAAAAAACUUUUUUUUUCUCGGAAUUUGUUACUCAUUUUAUUUUACAGUUUUUUUUUUCACUUUUAGUUUUUCCUUUUGUCUUGUUUGAAGAAGGUCCUUUGCUUGUCAUAAAGAGGUGUGUAUUAUCUACAAUUUUUUUGUCUUGCUUUGGCGCGUACAGUUGGGUGCAGGUUCAGAUGAUGAUGAAAUCCCGUGUUCGCAGUUUUCUCUGUAAGAGGUUCAUUGGAACUUCGCUGUCGGAUCAACACUUCCUUGGAUGUCUGAUGAACUCGCUCAAGAGCCCAACUGUAUAUCUGAAUGUAUAUUUCUUUGGCUUUAGAAAACUGACUUUGGUUUCUAAUUUGCUUAUUCAGAUCUCUCUCUCUCUCUCUCUCUUUGUGGCAAGUUCCUUUAUUUCAACAAGAAAGCUCUGAAAAAGGUAUGUAGUAUUUCUCCCCACUGGAACCCAG